UGCAAUGCAUCAUGGGAUCAUUUCAAAAUGGCGGACACACACGUGUAGACUUUGUUGUGCUUGAUUGCUGUUUAAAUUAUAGAGAUGUUUUGCUCUAGCUGUGGAAAACCAGUUAACGAUGGCGACCGAUAUUGUGCUCAAUGCGGACAAGGUGUUGCUUCAUCUUCAAAUUUAUCCCAGCCUGGAAGUUCAAACUGCACAGGUAAUCAGCAAUCAGAUGACUCAGAUAGUAGCUUAGGUGGACUAGAAGAAGAGAAUGAUGAGGAAGAGGCAAUAAAGUACUACUUCAAUUGUGGAUUUAAUUACCAGGAAAUCCUUGCCUUUCUUGCUAAACGUCAUGGGAUUUCACUUAGCUAUAGUACACUGCUUCGACGUCUCAAGAAACAUGGUUCAAAUAGAAGAGGGAUUGCCAAUAGUACAGAAUUUAAUGAUACGUUAUUGAAAGUGCAAAAGCGUAUAAGUGAAAUUAUUACUGGUCCUGGAUCAUCCUUAGGCUAUCGAAGUAURUGGCACACACUAGAAAUGGAAGGUCUAAGGGUUCCAAGGAAGAUAGUUCAAGACCUUCUAAAAGAAAUGGAUCCAGAAGGUACAGAAUUGAGAAAAAAACAUAGAUUAAGAAGAAGAUGCUAUCGUAAUCCAGGGCCUAACUAUGCCUGGCAUAUGGAUGGCUAUGACAAACUUAAGCAUUGGGGAUUUCCCAUACAUGGUGCAAUUGACGGUUUUAGUAGGAAGAUUUUGUGGCUUAAAGUUACUCGUUCAAAUAACUCACCAAUCAGAAUUGCUGAUUAUUUUGUACAGACGGUUAUUAAGCAUGAAGGAUGUCCAGUGGAAUUGGUUACUGACCUGGGUACUGAAAAUGGUCUUGCGGCAUCAAUACAAGCAUUUUUUCGUGACAAUCCUGAUGCUCACCGUUAUGUUUCAUCACCUAGGAACCAGCGAAUAGAGGGAUGGUGGUCAUUUUUUUCAAAAAAUCAUUCAAUAUGGUGGAGAAAUUUUUUUCGAGAUUUAGAAUCACAGGGAAUCAUUGAUACUUCUUCUGAUUUGAGUAUGGAGCUACUUUGGUUUUGUUUCAACAAUAUCCUACAAGAAGAGCUAGACAUGAUAAAAGAACACUGGAACACUCACUCAAUUCGAAGGUCCAGACAUGAAACAGUUCCUGGAAGGCCAGACUCUAUUUAC